CACUUGUAAUUCUUCAGUGAGCAGUUCAGCCAAUGCAUGUGAUUAUAUCAUUAUCAGUUUAUAUCGUCUAAAAUGGAAUUUGGUAAAAGUAAAGCAGAUGUUUCGGGAUCAAGUGAUUGUGGUUUGUACGAAAACACAAAUAUUUCGACAGGUAAUACUACGGCCAAAACACAGAUAAUGAAAAUUGAAGAGGAACUAUAUGAACCAAUAGAAUUUUGCGACUCAAGUAAAAGAAAAAUGAAAAGCGGGUAUAAUGAUACUCUAAAGCGACUGAAAUGUGUGAUUUUAAUAAUUACAUUGCUGAUGAUUGUUGUUUUCAUUACUCUGAUCUCGUUGGCUAUAGUCCUUUUGGUGCCAAAGAGUUCAGUCGACAGUCAUUGGGCACAAUGGUCAAGCUGGACCUCGUGUGACGUAACAUGUGGUAAUGGAAAACAUCUAAGGCUAAGAACAUGUACAAAUCAAUUGGCUACGACACAUGAGUGUAUUGGAGAAAGCUUGCAGACUGGUGAAUGCACAAAUGGCAACUGUACAGUCGGUGGUCAAUGGUCACAUUGGUCAAGCUGGACUUCUUGUGAUGUAACGUGUGGACAAGGAACUCAUUUACGUUCUAGAACAUGUAUAAAUCUAGUUCAAGCGAAUGAUGUAAUCGAUUGUCCUGGGAAGACUGUUCAAACCGCUGAAUGUUCAAAAGGCAACUGUCCAGUCGAUGGUCAGUGGGCAUAUUGGUCCAGAUGGACCUCAUGUGACGUCACAUGUGGCACUGGAAGUCGAUUACGGACAAGAAGAUGUACAAAUCCAAGGCCCGAGAAUAAAGGAAAUGAUUGUAUUGGAGGAAGUUUACAAAGAAGUCAAUGCUCAGUAGGAACCUGUUCAGUCAAUGGUCAGUGGGCAUAUUGGUCCAGUUGGACCUUAUGUGACGUCACGUGUGGCAAGGGAAGUAAAUUACGAACAAGAAGAUGUACGAAUCCAAUGCCAGAAAACAAAGGAAGGGAUUGUAUUGGAGAAAGUUUACAGAGUAGUCUAUGUUCAGAAGUAAACUGUCCAGCCGAUAUGUCUGCAUUCUCCGUGACACAACCAGAUUCCUACAGCAAAAUAAACGGAAUUAAUAAACUAAACUUUUCAAGUACCAUUUACAAGUUUGGAAAUGAUUUUAAUAUCUCAACUGGAACUUACACAUGUAGUACACCUGGUGUGUACCACUUUUCUGCAGCAUUGGUGAAGAAACGGGACACAUCAAGGGUUGACCGAGUUUAUUGUUAUCUUAACAAGAAUUUCCAGAAUUUGAUAUACAUAUCGGUGAAUCCAACUGACGAUGACACAGACAAAGGUCAUGCUGCUGUAUCUCAGUCUAUAGUGAUUAAUCUUGAUGCUGGGGACACUGUGUACUUAACUGGAUGCAACGGUCAGCCAAGCACAUACAUGGAUAGAUGGUCUUCUUUUACUGGUUUCCUUCUAUAUCAUAGAAAGUGAACCUUACGUUCAAAAUUUGUAAAAAACAUAUUUAAUUUGCUUCUGUUAUCUCGCUGUACACUUAAUGCCAUUUCAGCUUAAAUAGUAACACUUGAAAUAAUACCAUCUAUUAGCUGUUAUAAGUAAACACUCAUUGCACGUGCUAAAAAUAUGUCCAGUCAGCUUCUCUAUGUUUAUACAUCAUUUUAUUACACUAAAAACAUAAAGCUUACUUGAUUUUAAUAUUAUUUCGUCAUAUUGCCAAACAACUCCAGACUCUACUUUUUAUAAUAUUACACGGUGAAAUAAAUCAAUAUUUACGAUAAUAUGAGCAAGUAAAUUUCAGCUAAAAUAGAUAGGUCUACAUUUUCAUAAGUAUUUCAAAUAUUUCCAAAAGCAAUAGAAAUGUAUCGUUUAGAUAUUCUUACAAUGUAUUUCUUGAAAAAAAUGUUGAUCAAGUUAUUGACCGAUUGAGUAUGAAAAUUUAUAUAAUGAAAAAUAUAUAAAAUUUGAUUUUAGAAAAGUUUAUUAUCUGCUACAUGAACACGUUAUAUCGGAUCAUAUUUCAUACUCUUACCUUACUCUAACCAACAAUAUCUAUAUACAUGUAUGAUUAUUUAUUGGUUUGAUAUCAUGUAUUAUCAAUACUACUAUCAUUACAAUUAUUUAUGUUAUACAAAUGUAUGUGUGAUAUUAUUAAAAGGAAAUUUGUCAACUUCUAAAUAAAACAUGUCUGAAAUGUUUUGACCAGAGCAAGGUGUCGUUAAUUACUUACGAUGUUAUUUUAUUGUCUUGUGAAAACUAGAUUCUCUGUCUUCCUUUUCGAUUUUUUUCACUUCCUUCACAUAGCACUUGUACUUAACUGAAAAUACAUCACGAUACAUAAUUACCAUUUCCGGAGUUAUCCACUUCAGCAAUAUCUGAAGACAUGUAUUAUAGUCAUGAUAAUAGCAAACAUUUUCAACUCAUUUUACAAAUGAAACAAAAGGCCUUUU